CGCGAUACUUUGAUAACUUGACUAUGCGGCGCAUGCGUACUUACUGUAACUUUACAUCCGGUAGCAGAGAAUGAAUUACAGCGUUUUAAAUUAGAUGAAAAUCUUCAUUUUGUUUUUCUUCUUUUUCUCCCAGUCCGGGAUCGGGUCUGCCAACUUCACCGCAACGUAGAUCCCGAAAUGGACGAACAACAGGCGGGGGGAAAUAUGCGUUUUCCUGGCGAGCUAACAAGCUAGCUAGCGUUAGCACACACACACACAACGGUUUCAGUAGCUGCUAAUAGACAAAGCUAGUAGGUAUUAGCUAGCACUCACAGGGAACAUGUAUUUUCUUUACACAAUCAUCGCGUCUCUGGUUUCGUUCUUCAUUUUGAAGUGGAUGAAGAAGAGGAGGUGCUGCACCGACCUGAAGAGACUCGACGGGAAAACAGUUCUCAUCACAGGUGGGAAUUCUGGUAUUGGAAAGGAGACAGCGGUCGCCUUGGCUUUGAGAGGCGCUCGUGUCGUCAUCGCUUGCAGAGACGUGUACAAGGCGGAGAAGGCUGUGAGAGAGAUCAAGUUUAAGAGUCACAGUCUCAACGUCCUCCACAUGGAGCUGGAUCUGGCAAACCUGCGCUCUGUGCGGGAGUUCAGUAAGAGCUUCCUUCAGAGAGAGAAGAGGCUUGACAUCCUCAUCAAUAAUGCAGGGAUGCCUAGUGUCCUCGACUGGACGGAUGACGGCUUCAGCAUGUGUUUUGGCGUAAACCACUUAGGUCACUUCCUGCUGACCAACCUGCUCCUGCCUCGUCUGAAAGAAUGUGCUCCCAGCCGAGUGAUCACCCUCACAUGCUCCACCUACAAAUACCAGAAGCUGGACUUUCAGGAUCUCAACUACAACCUCCUGCCCUUCUUCACCUACUGCCGCAGCAAACUGGCCAACCUCUACUUCAGUCAGGAACUGGCCCGCAUCACAGAAGGGAAAGAAGUGACCUGUUGUGCUGUGCACCCUGGUUUUGUUCAGAGCGGUUGGACGUGUCACUACUCCUUCCUGUUCCGGAUGCUGAUGCAGGUGAUCAUGUGGAUGUUUUUUGUGCCGUGUGAGAUCGGAGCUCAGACUGUCGUCCACUGCGCUGUGUCAGACCAAGCUACCAAACAUAAUGGAGGCUACUUCGUCGACUGCCGACCCUGCACUCUGCGCCCGUUCGCUCGAGACGCUGGUGUGGCCAAAAAACUGUGGGAGGCCAGUGAGAGACUGGUGAAACUGGUCUGAUGGUAGAAACUGGGGGAGCUGGUUGUUUAUUUAAUUGUGUUUUAUUUAUGGUCAUCUGGUUUUCAAAAUUACAUAUUUAUGUAUUUUUUUAAAUAUUUCUCUUCUACAUGAUGCAAAGAUUUCUUAUUCCAUAAGGUGCUUGUGUAUUUUAAGUUUUUUCCAUCAAUACAACUUUUCUACGCAUGAAUAAAAAAAGUGUUUUAA